GGCGGGGCGGUGUUUAGGACAGACCGCCGCCUGCUCCGCUCCCUGCUCCGCUCCAGCCUCGUGCCGCACGCUCCCACCCCGUCCGCCUGAGCCCGGGCCGGCUGAGCAGCGGACCCCUGCAGUAGUCACCAUGCAGCUGCUGCGCCCCGCGGUCUUGGCCGCGACGCUGACGGCGCUGGCGCUGCUCGGAGGGCCGCCCGCGGCGCAGGCGGGUGCAGGCAACGUGGGCUCCGGCCCCGUGGUGCGCUGCGAGCCUUGCGACGCUCGCGCGCUGGCCCAGUGCGCGCCCCCGCCGACCUCGGCAGAGUGCGCCGAGCUGGUGCGGGAGCCGGGCUGCGGCUGCUGUCUGACGUGCGCUCUGCGGGAGGGCCAGCCGUGCGGUGUCUACACCGAGCGCUGCGGAGCCGGCCUCCGCUGCCACCCGCAGCCCGGCGAGCCGCGUCCGCUGCUGGCGCUGCUGGACGGCCGCGGGGUCUGCACCAACGCCAGCGCCACAGGCCGCCUGAGCGCCUACCUACUACCCGCGCCAGGUGAGCCACCUGUGCCAGGAAACGGCAGUGAGUCAGAGGAAGACCACGGCACCGGAGCUGCGGGCAGCCCGGCGCUCCCCGGCACACACCGGGCCCCCGACCCCAAGUUCCACACCGGCCACACCAAGAUGGACGUCAUCCGGAAAGGGCACGCCAAAGACAGCCAGCGCUACAAGGUCGACUACGAGGCCCAGAACACAGAUACCCAGAACUUCUCCUCCGAGUCCAAGCGGGAGACAGAAUACGGGCCCUGCCGCCGGGAGAUGGAAGACACGCUGAAGCACCUCAAGUUCCUGAACAUGCUGAGCCCCAGGGGCGUCCACAUCCCCAACUGCGACAAGAAGGGCUUCUACAAGAAGAAGCAGUGCCGCCCGUCCAAAGGCAGGAAGCGCGGCUUCUGCUGGUGCGUGGACAAGUACGGGCAGCCCCUCCCGGGCUACGGCGUGAAGGGCAAAGGGGACGUGCAGUGUGACAGCGUGGAGAGCAAGUGACGUGGCCGCCUCGCGUGGGGCGCGAACGCGCCCGUUCUGCACAAGAGACCUGCCAAGGACACAGUCCGCAGCGGCCACAGCCUCGGCUUGUAUUUCUUUCUGUGGUGAAUCCAUGUUUAUUUUUUUUUAAUCAAAGUUUAGAAGGAGUUGUCUGAUGUGCCCGGGGUUCCACAUGGUGACCUUGAGUGGCUCCCCACUUUCUGGCCGCCCAUGGAGCCGUGUGGAUUUUCUCGUUGCUUCCUUUGAAACCGCUUACAAACGCAAGCCCAGCACGGUGGGGCCUCCGGCCGCGCUGGCCGCCCCCCACCCCACACCUCAGCACCCUGCCGCCGAAGCAGCGCGCACCGUGUCCGGCCCGUGACCGCAGCCCCUCACUCGGGCGUCCUCAGAGCCGGACACACCCUCGGGGAGCGAGGUCCUGCUUGGGGAAGAGGGGGGAUGAGGUGGCGCCUUCCUUAUUGUUUAAAAAUGACCAAGAAUGUUCUCAGGAACCGGGGCCCCUGUAGAGGUGGGUACAUCAGGCAGAUUCCUGAGGACAUGGCCUUUGCUGGUGGCCCCGCAGGGCAGGGGAUGGGGGGGCAGGGACAAGCCCCGCCCCUUGGCUUUCGGAGGUACCCAAACAGUGGCACGGUGCUUCAGAGGGCCGCAGAAAGUGUGUCCCGCUCAAAGAUGCAAGACCAAGGUUAUUUUCCAGGAUAAGCUCCUUGAAGGCAAAGGAGGCGUAUGUUCGGCCCCUUGGCCGGCCUUGGCGCGUGGAACCAACACCGAGGGUGAUUUUAUCCGGCCGGGAGGGGCGGCCAGGGCCAGGGGGCCUCAGAUGAGAGCCCGCCCGGGAGCAGGUG